UCAUUCAGAUUGCACCUGUUUAUUUUGUUCGUAAUCCGACCUCCAAGGCAACUUGAGUGUCUGCUUUUCAAUCCAUUCAUCAUGGCCACACAACGAGUGUUUUCCAAAAAGUUUCUGGACAAACUGGUCAAGCCUUUGACAGAAGCUGAUGUGAAGCCACAAUUCGUUAUCAACGAAGCCACAAAUAAAGGUCACUGGCGACCACCGCAGGUCUCUCGACGCAUUCAAAACGAUCUUCGCAAAGCUUGUUUACAGCAAAACAUUGAUCCCUUAUCCAUCGGUCUUCCUUCCAAGACCGCACCCAAGCCACUCCGUUACAAGCCUAACAAACUCGAGAAACACGAACGCAUGCGCGCCGAAAGACAAGAAAAGAUUCGCAAGAAUCUCGAAAAUAUGCCCAAGACCAUUCAGGGAUGGAAAGAGGACAAAUUAAAAGAACUCGCCAAGCAGAAAUCCUCCAUGCCCUUUUAGACAACCUUCAUAUUUCCGAUGUAUUCAAACUAUGUUUAUUCAUUGCAGUAACAUUAAAAAUCUAUAUUGCACCCUACCGUUGGUGCAUUUGUACAGGAA